CCGGAAGUGACGUUGCGCCUCUCGCGGAUUGGAUAUCAAGCCGAGUAAAAUAGCCGCUGCACGUUUCAGUUUUUGGUGUGAAUCCACGUUUGUUGCUGCUGCGAUGGCGAUGAAGCUGUUUUACUGGGAUAUUCGAGGGCUUGCUCAGCCCAUUCGCCUGCUGUUAGAGUACACUGGCACUGAAUGGGAGGAUAAAUUCUAUUCUUGUGGUGAAGCUCCAAAUUAUGAUAAAAGCUGCUGGUUUGAUGAGAAAGCCAAACUCAAAAUGGACUUUCCCAAUCUGCCCUACCUUGCGGAUGGAGAGAGGAAGAUUGUGCAGAGUAACGCCAUAAUGCGUUACAUUGCCCGCAAACACAAGCUCUGCGGGGAGACGGAGGACGAGAUGAUCAGAGUGGACAUCCUAGAGAAUCAGGCUAUGGACUUCCGCAAUGGUUUUGUCAUGCUCUGUUAUCUAGAUUUUGAUAACAAAAAACAAGGCUACUUGGAUGCACUGCCAGGAAUUCUGAAGCAAUUUUCUGAGUUUCUGGGGGAAAGGAAGUGGUUUGCUGGUGAUAAAAUCACAUUUGUGGACUUCAUCAUGUAUGAAUUGUUGGACCAGCACCGCAUGUUUGAGCCCAAAUGCCUGGACAACUUCAAGAACCUCAAAGAUCUCCUGGACCGAUUUGAGGCACUUGAGAAGAUCUCAGCAUACAUGAAAUCAAGUAGGUUCAUCAAAGCCCCUGUAAACAACAAGAUGGCGAAAUGGGGAAACAAGAAGGAGUGAAGACUGACACUAUAAAUAAUGAUGGUGCACUAAAGUACUGUUAUAAUAGGUAAUAUUAAUGGACUUUUUGCCAAGUAAUGUUACAAAUCACCUUUAAAAGCCUUAUAUUGCAAUAAAAAAAAAAAGCAAAUAGCCUAACCAACAUAUGUUGUAUGACACAAAUUAGACCAACUUAUUUUCUAAAGAAUAUGAAUAAAGACAGAAGCACUUAUAAAAA